GCUUUUUCAUGCGUUCCUAGGACGGUCAUUGCACGAUCCUUGCUUCUCCAUCCUCCCAAGAAGCUUCAAACAUCAAGCUUUUCUACUCAGCUUCACUCUCUCGUUUAUGAAUCUCCUAAUAAGUAUAUGACAAGUGAAACGACUCUGCUACAUCGUUGGAGCCUCAGUUUCUCUACGUUCCAACGCUUUGCUAUAUCUUCGUCUGCGUCCCCCGAGCCUUCCGAGAAGGAACAUGGGGGUGGUGUAGAAAAUGACAGUCAAGAGCCUAUAAAUCCAAGUGGUGGUACAAAUCCUGGAGAGGCUGAAGUUACUGAUCAGGCAAAAGAAUCAGGUUCCCAGAGUGAUGGGGAGCUAUCAGUGGCUGAUAUGCUCAAACUUGUGGAGGAGAAAGAAGGACUCAUGGAGGCAAAGCAAAAGGAGAUAGAACAAAUGAAGGACAAAGUUGUUCGCACUCUGGCAGAAAUGGAGAAUGUUAUGGCAAGAACAAGACGUGAAGCGGAGAACUCGAAAAAAUUUUCUGUGCAGAAUUUUGCGAAGGGUCUACUAGAUGUUGCAGACAACCUAGGACGGGCUUCUUCGCAUGUUGAAGGCAGUUUCACUAAGAUUGAUGAAUCCAAGGACACCAUUGGAGCCUUACCUCUCCUAAGAACACUUCUAGAAGGAGUUGAAAUGACUGAGAAGCAGCUUGGAGAGGUAUUUAGGAAGUUUGGCGUGGAAAAAUUCGAUCCUGAAAAUGAACUAUUUGAUCCACACAGGCACAAUGCGGUGUUCCAAGUACCGGAUAAUUCUAAGUCUCCCGGCACAGUUGCUCAUGUUUUGAAGCCAGGGUACAUGCUCUAUGAUAGGGUAAUUCGACCAGCCGAGGUUGGCGUCGCUCAAGCGCUCAAUAAUGAUGCAGCCGAGAACAACAAGAGUGACUAAGGCUCCGGUGCUUGAUGAUAUAGUGUCAGCUUAGUCAUUGAAAACCAUUUCCCCCCUUUAUUUAUAUUUUCGGCCACCGAUUUCUUGUUUAAUU